AUGAAAUACUUGAGACGAGUUAAAGGGGUAACCAAAAUGGACAAAAUAAGAAAAGAGACUAUAAGAACGGAGCUGGAAACAGAAUCCAUACUAGAACACAUAGAAACGAAGCAGCUGAGAUGGUGGGGACAUUUGCAAAGAAUGGGUGAUAACAUACCGGUGAAACAAAUUUGGGAGAGUAAGGUGCCAAGAAAAAGAAGAAGGGGCAGGCCACAACGAACAUGGGAGAAUACCAUAGAACAGAUAUUGAUGAAAAGAGGAACGGACUGCAGAGAAGCUAAGAAACUUGCUUUAAACAAAAAAGAAUGGAUUAAAUUCAUGUUCAAAUAA